AUGAUGAUUUGGAGGAAUUCCUUAAAGCUGUCAUUACGGCCAAUGAUCGUGGCAUAUCACCGCUACGCAAUGCCACUAAUGAAAUGAAUUGGAGUUUUGGCCAAGCCUUAUUUUUCUCCAGUACUGUUAUAACAACAAUUGGUUAUGGUCACGUAACACCCCUCAGUCAAACGGGUAAAAUAUUUUGCAUGAUUUAUGCGGCAAUUGGUAUACCGUUGACACUGGUCCUGCUGAGUGCCAUGGUUGAGAAAUUGUUAAUACCGGCUAAUUGGCUAUUGGGCAAAUUAAAUUCGAGAUUAGGUCAUUUGUAUCAACCGUUUAAUAUUCGUGUUAUGCACUUGACCAUUGUGGUGAUAAUCGUUCUAAUUGUAUUCUUUGCCAUACCAACUGCUGUUUUCAGUUAUUUGGAACCAACAUGGGGUAUACUGGAUGCCUUCUAUUAUUGUUUCAUCUCGUUAACGACAAUUGGCUUGGGUGAUUAUAUACCCGGUGAUGGUGUUUCCAUUGAUAAUCGUUCGUUAUAUAAAAUGUUAAUUACCGCCUAUUUAGUAUUGGGUCUCAUUGCUAUGAUGCUGGUCUUGACCAUAUUUUAUGAUAUUCCACAGUUGAAUUUGGGUCAACUCUUUACCGAAAGUACACUGGGCGAAACCGAAAAGUUACGAUUAGCAGGAAAUAACACAACAUGCUAUUCUGGACCGUCUGGCCUAUAUAUGCCGCAGCGUAACGAAGAUACAAGACGUGCCGUUGUACGUAUUCGCCCACAUGGUGGUGAUGAUUCACCCAGUCCCGAUGAGGUACCAUCUUCGUCAUCACAGAGCAGAGAUUUACGUAUGCCAUAAGUAAG